GCAGCCAUGGGAUGAUGAGACCGACAUGAAGGAGAUGGAGAAUAAUGUCCGCACCAUCGAAAUGGACGGUCUGCUGUGGGGCGCAUCCAAAUUGGUGCCCGUCGGCUAUGGCAUCCAAAAGCUGCAGAUCAUGUGCGUCAUUGAGAACGAGAAGGUGUCCAUCGAUCUUCUGCAGGAGAAGAUUGAGGAGUUCGAGGACUUUGUGCAGUCCGUUGAUAUUGCUGCCUUCAACAAGAUCUAAACUGAGAUUCUUACUAUUUUGAAUAAAUCCAAGCAAAAGCGAAGCAACUAAAAAAAAAAAAAAAAAAA